AGCGGGCUUCCGUUGUUGCGCUCGGCGUCUGGUUGCCAUAGAAACCGCCAGGUUUGAAACCGAAGAUGACCUCAGGAGACAUGACGUCACCAAGACUGGGCGUGGUCAGAGAGUCAAUGCUGAAGAACCCGCUGCUCAUCAAGGCGCCGCUGGGGAAGGCCCGGACCAGAGGGCUGGCUGUGCCCGGUCCAGAUUUCACCUUCGGAACCAGCAGCAGCUCGCUCAGAAAUGGAGACGUGUCUCAGCUUCUGUCCAGCUGGAGCGUCCAGUCCAGAAGUGAAGACUCCACUCAGCGUCCAGACUUCGUGACUCUGAACCGAAACGCCGUGAGGUCCGGAGUGGCUACGGCCAAAGACCUGAAUCAGUACCGAUCCCAGGUGGGCGGAGCCACAGUCCAGAGCCAGGCCUUGGAAGGGCAUGGGGGCAGGGCUUCACGCCCCCCCCUGGCACUGCCUGACAUCACGUUUGGAGUCACCAACAGGGCGACGUCGCCGAUCGCCGACCUGCUGUCCUAUCAGUAUGCUCGCUGCUGGUUCGAGGAGCAGAGCAGGAAUCAGACCAGCAACCAGAACCAGCGGAUCAAGCUGGGUCACAUCGCAGAGACCAGAACCAGCCUGCUGAGGAAGAGCAGAAGAUGUCUGCCGGUCCUACAAACCCGCUUUGACCUGCCGCAGUUCACUCAGGUAGCUCCGGCUCUCGACACCUUCAGGGACCCGGAGACUCGUCAACGGGCGCUCCGAGCUUACCGGUCCAACUCUGGGAUCCAGAAAGGACAUCAGGCUCAGGGGACAACCUAG